GACAGGACUAGGGGUGUUUUUCACUUUAUUAUUUUACACCUUUAUGUAAUGUCUCAAUGUUUUAUCAUCAGAAAAAGUAGUGAAGCUAUUUUCAGCUUGAAAUGAAAAAAAUGUAGAUAAAGGGGAUUGGGCCUUAGGUGCUUGAAGGCAAGUAUGUGAGUCAGACCUGGCCUCCUGGUCCCUGCCUGUUUGUUGGGGCUGUCACCUGACACUCAAGUUACUAUCAGGAGCACUUUUCUCUGUUGAGAUGACUGGCUGUUGUCACACAAACCCCAGGUUAUAAUGGGAGGGUACGACAGGGCUCCAAUCAGUCUGCAAGCCAGCCCCAGUCUGUUGGCUGGGCUCACCAGGCCUGGGGCCUUCACAUGGGGAACACCAUCAGGGCCCUUGUGGCCUUCAUCCCUGCUGACUGCUGCCAGAACUAUGUGGUCGGCGACCUCCGAGAGAUGCCACUGGACAAGAUGGUGGAUCUUAGUGGGAACCAGCUGCGUCGCUUCCCCGGGCACGUGUGCUCCUUCAGGGAGCUGGUCAAGCUCUACCUGAGUGACAACCACCUCAACAGCCUGCCUCCAGAGCUGGGGCAGCUGCAGAACCUGCAAAUACUGGCCUUGGAUUUUAACAACUUCAAGACUCUGCCCCAGGUGGUGUGUACCUUGAAGCAGCUUUGCAUCCUCUACCUGGGCAACAACAAGCUCUGCGACCUCCCCAGUGAGCUGGGCCUGCUCCAGAACCUCCGGACCCUGUGGAUUGAAGCCAACUGCCUCACCCAUCUGCCAGAUGUGGUCUGUGAGCUGAGCCUCCUCAAGACUCUGCAUGCUGGCUCUAACACUCUGCGUUUGCUGCCAGGCCAGCUACGGUGCCUCCGGGAGCUCAGGACCAUCUGGCUCUCGGGUAACCUGCUGACCAACUUCCCCCCUGUGCUGCUUCAUAUGCCCUUCCUGGAGGUGAUUGAUGUGGACCGGAACAGCAUCCGUUACUUCCCCAGCUUGGCCCACCUGUCCAGUCUGAAGCUGAUCAUCUAUGACCACAAUCCUUGCAGAAAUGCACCCAAGGUAGCAAAAGGUGUGCGCCGAGUGGGAAGGUGGGCAGAGGAGACUCCAGAGCCUGACCCCAGGAAAGCCAGGCGCUACGCAUUGACAAAGGAGGAAAUCCAGGAGCCACAGACACCUGCCCCACCUCUUCCACUGCCUCCUACCAACUCCUGAGGAGCUUCAGUUCUACAUUAAUGCCAAAGACCCAACUCCAGCAUCUUCUGGAGACUUCUCCACUAGAGUGGAAAAAGAUUGCUCUCAGCCAUUUGGGGUGGUGACUCUGCCUGGGAGCUGAUGAAGAGUUAGGCGAAAUGCUGUAAAUCCCACCAAGAAGAAAAAUGUCUGGCCAACAGCAUCUCUCCCAAAGGGCAAGUUGUGUGCUAUUGGUAGCAUGACAGUCCAGAGUGAUCGUUACUUCUUUGUAAGAAAGUCAACCUCUCCAAGCAACAUUUCGAAACACUGAAGACCAAGAAGGGCUGGGACACUUCGGCCCCUUCCACUCCCCAGAAGUGACUGGUCAUGAGGCUGGUGAGCUCCUCAUAUAAGGUACUUGUUAUAGAGCUCACCUAAAAGUUCAGGUAGCUGUCUCCAGCCCUUUGCAGGAUAUAUUUUCUUUACUAUACCGGGCAGUGUUUCGUUCUGUUGUACGUAGGGUCAUUAUGAGUCGAAACCAACUCUACAGCACCCAACAACAACAUAACCAUAAAUGGUUUAAAAUUAUUGUCACUAAUUCAGGCCACUUAAAUGACAUUUCUACCUUGUCAAUCAGUCAGAUUCACAGGGAAAAAAAGGUUUUUGUUGUUGCAAAGGCUCAAGAUGAAGCAUUUCCCCCAGCAGUUUCUGGCCUGCUGAGAAGACUCCUCAUGGAGAAUGCACUUUGGCUGAGUCCAGCUGCCACCUUAAACUUGACAGUGGCGCACGCUGAUUUAGCUCAUUUUCCCUAAAAGGUUUGGCCCAAGGUCUGCUCCCAACUGUUUACUGUCACUGACAACAUUAGAAGUCACCUAAAGCCAAACUUCUCUUUGGCAGUGCUGUCUCCUUAAAGCCAAGCCCAGUUGUGAUUCCUGGCUGCCUCCCCAGAGCAGUCCUUCUGUUUAUUCCCGUUAACGAACCAGAGCUGAACUGAAUCCCCUUCCAUGGAGGGAAAUCACGUUUGCAGAAUCUUAUUAGGUUAAAGGUACUAGGUGAGCUGUCUGUUCACUUGAAACAAACAUUUGGCAAUUUGAAUUGCAGGCUGUAGUGUAUAAAGGAAGUUUCUGCCUCUAGCUUCUGUCUCUGUGUUCUGAUUGGUUUUCACUUUUGUUAUGGAUGGGGUCUUUGAUGGUCAUUGUAGAAACCUGAGUAUUUUGGUCAUUAUUUUUGGAAGUAUAUACAUUUUGACCUUUUCUCCUCCCCAUGAAAAUGUUAAAGCUUUAAAGAAAUUGCUGUCAGUGAGUUAACAGCACAGUCUUGUAUAUGCUUGACUCUUUUCAGCAAACAAGGACAUAAAGUGUUGUCUUAACUAAAAUCCACUGAACUAUUAAAAUGUACUUUUGCCAUAAAAGCAUCUUCACUCAGCAGUUUGGUUCUAAAAUGCCAUUACACAGCAGACUAACUUCAUGCAUAUUUUCCUACCGCGAACGUUUCUUGCUAGAGGAAGAUAAAGUUAGGAUAUUGCAUAAUCUCCUAUCAACACUUCUCAACCUGUGGAGUACCUGCAGCCCCUUGAUUAGUCUUCCAAAGGGUGCUUUUAAUCAUUAACUGUAAUAGGUUUCUACCUAUAAGGCAAACGUUUGGAGAUUUAACUCCUUUAGUAACAAGUCCAAAUUUCUGCUAGACUGCUAGGACUUACUGUCUAUUUUCUCAUGUCUAUUGAUGGAAACCAGACUACGUUCAGCUGUUACUAGAAACUUUCUGCCAGCAGAACCUGCCCUCUGAGCUGUAUUCGCUGCAGCGAGGAGCCCUGGUGGGGCAGUGGUUGAAUGCUUGGCUGAGAACCCCGAAGUCAGCAGAUCAAA